CACUGGGUGGCAUUUAAAUAAGACUUGUGAGGUUUGACAUGCACAAAAUAAAUGGCAGAUGAAGGAAAGCACCAGGAAACAGCAAAGUGCAGCUUUAAGUGAGACGAGUCUGGGAUAUCAUUGGCAUCCCUGUGGUUUUGUCUCCAGGAGUCUGCUGUGUCCCCUUGUAGUCCUUUCAGUGGUGUAGUCUCCAGAUCCCUGCAAUGGCACUCCUGAGAUGUGGCUUCCUGUCCCAGUACACCCAGCACCACCUGCUUGUUUUCCUCCUUACGUUCUUAAGCUAUGCCCUGCUCCAUGCUUCUCGAAAGACAUUCAGUAAUGUAAAGGUCAGCAUAACAGCCCAGUGGACACCCUCCAUUCAGAAUGCCAGUCUCCCCAUCCUGGCUCCUGGGCAGGUAUGGAAUGAGAACCAGUUAUUUCCAGACCCACAGGAAGCCACUCUCUUUUUGGGAGCCUUGGACACCAUCUUCCUCUUUUCUUAUGCUGUGGGCCUCUUCAUCAGUGGCAUCAUUGGAGACCGGCUGAACUUGCGAUAUGUUCUGUCCUGCGGGUUAUGCUGUUCUGCAGCUGUGGAGUUUGUUUUCGGAACCUUGACGGAAUGGUUUCAUUUCUACAAUGUCUACUUCUACUGCAGCCUCUGGGGGCUCAACGGAUUACUGCAGUCAACUUGCUGGCCGUGCGUGGUGGCUGUCAUGGGGAACUGGUUUGGAAAAGCAGGCCGAGGCUUCAUUUUUGGAAUGUGGAGCGCCUGUGCCUCUGUCGGGAACAUCCUGGGAGCUUUCCUGGCCUCCUGCGUGCUGAAAUACGGAUAUGAGUACGCCUUCCUGGUCACCUCGUCCGUGCAGUUUGCUGGCGGUGUGGUCGUGUUCUUCGGCCUCCUGAGCUCCCCUGAGGAACUGGGCCUUCAGGACCCUGCAGAAGGAGAGGGGGCUUCAGAGCGAGAUGAAGACAGUCACAGGCCGCUCAUCGGGGAUGGCGAAGAGGUGGAUGAUGGGAUUGAUUAUUCAAUCCAGGGGGAAGAGCCUAACAAGAAGCCAGCCCCAAUCGGAUUCUUCCAAGCAUUCUGUCUUCCAGGAGUACUGUCUUACUCCCUGGCCUAUGCCUGUCUCAAGCUGGUGAACUAUUCCUUCUUCUUCUGGCUGCCCUUCUACCUCAGCGUAAACUACGGCUGGAAGGAGACGGAGGCCGACCAGCUGUCCAUCUGGUACGACGUGGGCGGGAUCAUAGGAGGGACCGUGCUGGGUUUGAUUUCGGAUGUCUUGCAGAAGAGGGCCCCCGUUCUGGCUGUCAGCUUGAUUCUAGCUAUGGGAUCUCUCAUAGGAUACAGCCAUUCCCCUAACAAUCAGCCAGUGAAUGCAGUCCUCAUGGCUAUUACAGGGUUCUUCAUCGGAGGGCCAUCCAACAUGAUCAGCUCUGCGAUCUCUGCAGAUCUGGGGCGGCAGGAGGUGUUGCAGGGCAGCAAGGAGGCUCUGGCCACAGUGACGGGGAUUGUGGAUGGGACAGGCAGUGUUGGGGCUGCUGCAGGACAGUACCUGGUCUCCUUGAUUGAAAGCAAACUGAAUUGGAUGUGUGUCUUUUACUUCUUCAUUGUCAUGACUGGCGGGAGCUUAAUAUUCAUCUCCCCUCUGAUUGUGAAUGAAGUCCGUGCCAUGCUCCAAGAAAGGCGAUCACAGGUGCAUCGACUAUAAAGAGACCACAGACUUUUGAAGCAUAGGAGUGUGUUGGCGAUGGCAUCAAUAGCUGCAAUAGUCAUGUGGUGCAGCUCCGAGUCACUCCUCUGAAUUACAAGAACACACCCAGCCUUUCAAUCAAGAACAUCCAAUUGAGUAUCGGCUUAUCCAACAGGAUACCACCCCUAAGGAGAUGCUCUUAUGAACACAACAUUCUCUGCAUUCUUAUCUGUAAAGAACAACAAAUGUUUGGGGAAAUUUGUUAUCAAGGAAUGUGGAUCUAAUGUUAGAAAAAGGAGACGUGUGUAUCACUGUGUGCAGGUCACAAUCAGCAUUGAAAUACCUCUCCUCACCAGGGAAAGGUCUUGGUAACCUCAGCAUAACAGUCAUGGGCAAACAGUCAGUAAACCACCACACACACGUGGAAUUCUGUGGCUGUGUCUACUGUGUUGAUUUUAUUGUGGCUUUCUUUUGAAGCAGAGCAGGGCUGCGUGUCUAUGGUCUGGCUGAGUUCAUGUUUAUUGUAACAGUAAAGAUGAUUAUAGUACAUGCAUA